AUGACUUCAAAGACAUCUACAAAACGCACACGAUCAGACUUUCGCUCAGACGAAAUAUACAAAUCGCAAUCCAUAGAGCAGUCCUUGACGCCGCCAGAGACACCGCCGUACGACAAGAUUACAACACAACCUCUCCAUCCUUGGCCAGAACCAGAAACCGUCCCAGAAGAAACGAUUCUACGGAAACGGAGGAAGACUUUGGUAGAAGAUGUGGAAUUCAACUUGACCCACCAAGAGGUUCUACUGCUCCAUGCACCAAAACAACGCUAUGAACAUACCAAACAACAGCCAAUACCAGAACUGAAAACCGAUAGGGAAAUGCUGGUUGAGGUCGAGGUUGUUGGAUUGAAUCCCAUCGACUGGAAAGCACCGUAUGUAUCUGAAAUUCGUUCAGGACGAACCACUCUGAUCAUCAACAGUGAUUUUGGAUGGGGCCUUCCCGCUUUACCUUGCAUUAGCGGUCGAGACCUCGCGGGCAAGGUUGUGAAGACGCCGAAAUCGAAAUCAAGGUUCUGUAAAGGAGACAAUAUCAUGGCCAUUUCGACAGACUAUCGAGACAACAGAAAGGCAGCAUACCAACAAUAUGCCGUGGUUUCAGACUUCAAUGCCUGCAGACUUCCAGACCAUGUGAAAUCAGCAGAUGCAGCACCACUAGGAGUUGCAUUUGUCGCUGCAGCUUUAGCCCUCGGCAUUUGCAUGGGAGUCGACUUUGGCCGGUCGAGUGGUGCUCGAGGACCUAAUCUCCUUCGAACUGUACAUGGUCUUGCUCGAGUUGCACUGCCCAAAGACAUUGAAAAGGAGUGCUUUGACAGUAUAGCAGAGACCGAGGGUGCAAAAGAAGGAGACUGGAUUGCUAUUUGGGGAGGCUCAUCUGCCUCUGGAUGCUGCGCUGUUCAACUGGCCAAACUCGUUGGUCUUAAAGUGAUAGCCAUCAUCGACGUCGCACGAAAUGGAGAGCGAAUGCUAAAGCAUGGAGCUGACCUGCUCGUUGACCGACUUGAUCCCGAACGAGCUGUAGAGAUUGUGAAAGGUGUCACCAAGGGAAAACUUCGUUUUGGUCUGGACACUAGAGGGAAGGACAGCGCAAAGCUUCUUGCUUCAGUGAUGCAAUCAGCAAGCGAGGGUAGCGGGUCUAGGGCUCACCUUGUAGGUCUGGUAGGAGUUCCGAAAGAACCUAUAGAUGGGGUCGUGUACCAUUCUGUACCCAUCAAGUCCUUCCACGAAGCUCCUGCGGUGGGAGAAGGGCUGACGAUUUGGCUUGAGAAGCUGCUGGAGCAAAAUCUCCUGCACACUCCUGAUAUUGAGGUCGCAGCUGGUGGUCUGGAAGGUAUCAACGCUGCCCUCGACAGGCUUCGAGAUGGAAGUGUCAACGGGCCUCGGAUUGUUGUUCCCAUUAAAGUGUAG